AUGUCGCACAUUCUUGUGAAAUGGGUGGAGGACGAAAAGUGGGACGUAUAUCCCGUCAGUGCCCUGGCCGACGCGGAUGUGGCCUUCCGCUUAAUAUCCCAGCAGGGAUGCAUCAAACAACUGCGCGGAACGGUUCACCGCGUGAGCUGGAAGGAAGGAGCGCCACCAGCCGUGGCAGAACUUCUUGCCUUCGGAAAUCCACAGCAACUCGAAAAAAAGAGAGCCCGUCUCGUGUCGGAGGCUGCUGCGCAAUCUGAUCUGCCAACAGAAAACAUCAACUCAUGCAGCACCUGUGCUGCUCAGGUAAAGCAGCUUGUCGAAGAGAAUGAGGCUCUCAGAGCUGAAGUAGAGAGGAUGAAGCGGACGGCAGAGGAGCGCGAUCACGUUGCUGAGGCAGCCAAAUUAGUGAAAAGGCUGCGAAAGGCCCUGGGUAACGUCGAAACCAAAACACAACAAGCAGCUGAACCUGUUGUUGCUUGCCCAAAGGGCUCUUUUGCGAAUUGUUUUUACAGAGGAUGAGCUGCGAGGAAGGACACUGCUGGGUGGCAGGAGUAAUUUACACAUUGACCAGCCACUGAAGGAGGCCUUGGACCCUGUUCGUGUUCAAGCUGUGAUUGACUACACAUGCUCCAAGUUUCCUUCGGCCAGCAUCUCCUACAUAAAGAACAGCCUGUCCUCAAUGCUCGCAAGGGAGUUGAAAGAAUAAUUGACAAAUAAACUGCAGAGCCAUUGUAUGUACCAAAAGAACCCCGAUUCAUGUGCUUUUUCUUAAUCACAAAGUUAGACGUUUCUUUUUGCAUAACAUUACAGGGAAAGAGGCCUUGUAAUGGAAAGCCAAGAAAUGCACCUUGAAGAUGUCAGUGGAGAAUAUCAAGAUUCAUUGAUUUCAUGUUGCAUUCCACUUUACAUUUCAUGGAAGUACCAUAGUUCAUCUAUGGAAAUUUCAUAGAAGUACAAUUGUUCAUCCAUGGGAAUUUCGUAGAAGUACAAUUGUUAUUCCAUAGAAAUUCCAUAUGAAAUCAACGCAAUAACUCGUCAAUGAAAUUACAAUGGUUCCACGGUGGCCACUUUUCAAUACUGCUCAACAAAUCUACAAUGAAGGGACAAUAGUAUUUCAACAAAAAUUUUGUUGAUUGAGCAA